AUGGUGAAAGGAACAAACAUAAGUUUAUACCUGCUGCUACUGCUACUGCUGAGAUAUACGUACGUACAAGCAGCGUACUUUUACGUUAAGGAAGGAGUCGAUAAAUGCUUCGUAGAGAGCGUCGCAAGCAAUGUCGUCAUAACGUCGUCCUAUGACAAUUUUGGAUUAAAAGGCAAGGAUGCUUCGUCCAUGCGUAUCGAAGCGCUAGAACUAAAAUGCCUUAUCAAUAUAAAGGACCAGCAGGGAAGAGUCCUGUAUUCCCAUGAGACGUCUGAAAUUAGUAAAGGCAAAGUAUCCUACCUGACGAAAAAGAAUGGGCUGUAUUAUAUUUGCAUCUCUUGUCCGUCUUCCAACUGGUUUAAAAGCACGGCCAUUAAAUGGAGCCUAUCCAUAGAAGUUGGAGGGUCAGAUGUGGAUAUCGAAAAUGUGGCCAAAAAAUCCGAGUUGAGUGAGACAUUAGCUGUUUUGCUGAAUCUGAAAAAAAAAUUCACCUCCAUGAAGUUGCAGCAGAUAUAUCAGAAGCAAAUGGCGACCAACCUAUACGAACACAACAAAUCGGUGCACAACAAGAUGUUCUACUGCUACAUACUCGAAAUUGUAAUACUCGUGGUAAUCACCGUUUACUCCAUUGUGCAUUUAAAAAAUUACUUCAAGGCCCAAAAAUUGAUGUAGCUAGCGAAUUCAGCACGCUGUCGAAUGUGCAGUGGACUUUUUCCGUGCUCGCCGAUUUUUUGACAGUGCCUUUUUGGUGGGAAAAAUUGACGCGUAUUUUUACACUCACUUUUUUUCUGUGCAAUUUUUUCUCACUUUUGGGGCAAUUUUCGUGUUUUUAAUUUACGACGCAAAUGCCCCUUUUCCAUUUGGCCACUAUACUUGCUGCAAAUUCCGAAGCAACGUAAAAACGUUAAAAAAAUAAUGUAAAAUUUUUUGUAUUAAAAAAAAAACUUGCGCACAUAAACGUAGGUGUGUGCCCAUUUAACAAUUUUUAAAAAGGAGGG